AUGAAUGGUUUCUACCAGGACGAAAGCGUUCGAAAGACCAGCAAAAGAAGCGACAAUGCUUGCGGCGACACUCUGAUGCAGUCGGAGCCAAGCGGCAAUCUGGCCACCGCCAGCGUAGAGGCUGACCCCACUUUCCAGAUGGACUCUUCCGCAUCAGUAGCUACGAGGCACCUGCAAGGCGGAGAGCCAGACGUCUGGAAGACACUCGAGCUGCUAGAGACGUCUUUUCCUGCCGUCGCCUCUGCCAUCUGCAACGCAGCGCAACAUCCCGACCAGAAACUCAACACCAGGUGUCUGAACAGACUUGACGACAUAGCAUCAAUUCCGAUCCGAGACUUGCACGCACUGCUCAGCGGAAGUGGGGCCUGCGCAUAUCAGAGUCGCCUCGAAAGCGUAACAGUCCAGGUGCAGCUUUCAGUCAAUGACUUGACCAACAGAUUUAUCGCAGCAAACAGUACCACAAGGAUUGCAGCGGCAUUGCUGUGGGCAUUGCUUGCCUUUGUUCAGAAUCGAAGUGAAGAGCUACUCCGUAUGGACACCGUCCUCGCGUGCUUCAUGCAAGUUUGGCAAGCAUCCUUCCCGAACCAUUCGGCUGCCGUCACCGUGCACGAUACGGCCUCAAUGUCAUUCUUUCGAGCCUACGACUGGGUGCACCUACAGACGGCCAUUCUGACUGGGAAAUUGCACGCCCAGGUGACGACGAUGAGCAGCUUCGAAGGCAUUGAAGCCAUCGCCUCCAAAGUCGACCUCGCGACGUUUCUGUCCAGCUUCCACGUCGAGCAGAAGCGGCUGGAGUAUAUCGCCUUGCAUCUCUUCACGAGCCCCAUGGGAGAACUCACCGACGCUAGACACGAAGAAGCGGUCUGGAACCUGCUCAGCAGCAUCAAGGACCUCUCGGACGUCAACGGUCAAGCUUACGACGCGUUCGGUGCUCAGUACAGCGGUUCUGUAGCGGGUGCACAACACGUGUUGAUGCGGCACAAGCUGGGAACGCAGCUUUACGGCAUGUUUCCGAGGAUGCUCUUCAUAUACUGUCCCAACAACCGACGUCACUGGAGGUGGCUGAACAAUGCUCUGCCUCUAGCGGUGACUGCGCUGUCCUGUCAUCAUGCUGCGUGUAUGCAGUGCGGUUGGCUGGGCGACCAUGCCGUCGACGCUUUAAUGUUUGCCGACUUGUUGGCUGCAUUCGUGUGGACUCUUCAACAGCGUCAGGCUCAGAACAACUUGCGCGAAGACAUGCAUGAUCACAUCCGUAUGGGUGUUGAGCUGGGUGAACGCUUUGCGAUCAAGUGGCCAGAGCGCAGCAACAUGAUCCUCGCAGCUGUACGACAACUCUGCAUCCUACGAGACUCUUCGCUCUCUACUUCAGGCGUGAACACAUCCUGGCCCACUGCAUCCGUCGCCACAUCCUCGCACACCGCCUCCAGCCCUGCGCUUCGCACGCCACAGGACUUAGAGCCUUCGCAAUCAAUGCUCGAGACGGCGUACCACCCGCACGACUCGUGCUCUCAGCAUUAUCGGGAGCAGUCAUUGCAGCCACAGGAAGGCUGGAAUGACGCAGCAACAGCAGCAUUGCAGCAAGCUCGAUUCGAGUGGCCUGGCGCCAAUCAGGCGUUCGACAGCUUCAACAGUGUAGGUCUUAGCGCCACAGAACUUCUGGUGGCGGACGAGCAGAAUGACGGGCUGCCCGUGUACCUUGCAUCGACACCGACAGGGACUGAUUAUCCCAUCGCCGAUACGCGCACCUCUGCUGCCGUGAGGAGCUUGGCGACGACUGCCACGCCGACGGAUCUUCUACAAGCGGUGACAGCUACAGCGACGACGAACAAAACGCUUCUGUACAUAGAUGACCGAUCGACUGACUCGCUCUAA